GUAAUUCUGGUGUUUAAGAAAAACGAUUAUCUAAGGUAUACCUUCUCUUUCUCUUCAGUUUCUACUUUUCUCCUUUUCCUUUCCUCAAAAAAAAAAAGAGUUCAAUCUGCACGACUUCGAUUGUGUCCGUUGAAAAAAGAACAGAAAGAAUGUCCGCCCCCAUCUUCGAUAAGGUGCUCGUCGCCAACCGCGGCGAGAUCGCGUGCCGUGUCAUGGCGACGUGCCAGCGCCUCGGUAUCAAGACCGUCGCCGUCUACUCCACUGCGGAUGAGCAGGCGAAGCACGUGCGCAUGGCGGACGAGGCCGUGUGCAUCGGCCCCCCUCCGAGCGUGGAGAGCUACCUGCGCAUUGACAAGAUCGUCGACGCGUGCAAGAAGACGGGUGCGCAGGCCGUGCACCCCGGCUACGGUUUCCUGUCCGAGAACGGUGACUUCCAGAGCGCCUUGGCCAAGAACAACAUCGUGUUUGUCGGCCCCGACGCCCACUCCAUUCAGGCGAUGGGCGACAAGAUUGAGUCGAAGCGCCUGGCGCGCGACGCCGGCGUGACCUGCAUUCCCGGUUACAUCGGUGAGGUGAAGACGCACAAGGAUGUUCUGAAGUUUGCGCAGGAGGUUGGCUACCCCGUGAUGAUCAAGGCGUCCGGCGGUGGUGGUGGCAAGGGCAUGCGUGUCGCGUACAACGACAAGCAGUGUGUCGAAUACUACGACCUGUGCAAGGAGGAGGCCAUGGCCGCCUUCAACAGCGACAAGAUGCUCGUUGAGAAGUUCAUCGAGAGUCCGCGCCACAUUGAGAUUCAGGUGAUUGCGGACCGCAAGGGCAACACCCUGUACCUGCCGGAGCGUGAGUGCUCCAUCCAGCGCCGUAAUCAGAAGGUGAUCGAGGAGGCCCCCUCCGUGCUGCUGGAUGAGAAGACUCGCAAGGCCAUGGGCGAGGAGGCCGUUGCCAUGGCGCGCGCCGUGCAGUACGUCAGCGCCGGCACGGUGGAGAACGUCGUGAACCCGCAGAAGAAGUUCUUCUUCCUCGAGAUGAACACCCGCCUGCAGGUCGAGCACCCGAUCACGGAGGAGAUUACCGGGGUGGACUUGGUCGAGCAGAUGCUCCGCGCCGCCGCCGGUCUGCCGCUCAGCAUCACGCAGGACGACAUCAAGAUCAAGGGACACGCGACGGAGUGCCGUGUGUACGCCGAGGACCCGACGAAGAACUACUUCCCCUCGGUUGGCCGCCUCUCCAUGUACCAGGAGCCCUCCGGCCCUGGCGUGCGCUGCGACUCUGGUAUUAUCGAGGGCUCGCAGAUUUCGGUGUACUACGACCCGCUGAUCUGCAAGCUGUCGACGUGGGGCAAGGACCGCACGGAGUGCCUGGAGCGCAUGGGGACGGCGCUUGACGAGUACGUGAUCCGCGGUCUGCGCCACAACAUCUGCCUGCUGCGCGACGUGAUCACGGAGCCGACGUACCUCAGCGGCAACCUGACGACGAACUACCUCCCGGAGAAGUACCCGGACGGCUUCAAGAAGGCGCGCAUGACGGACGAGGACAUGGAGCUCAUGUUCGACGCCGCCGCCUGCGCGCAUAUUAAGCGCGAUGCCGCGCAGUACCCCGCCGCGUUGGCCCCGAAGGGACGUCAGUUCUACGUGUCCCUCGGCCCCCAGCAGGAGAGUGAGGUCCCCGUCUUUGUGCGCCAGCUCGACGACACGCACUUCGAGGUGGCCGCCUCCGCCGAGGGUCCCUUCAAGAAGCUCGAGGUGGCGUGGAAGGUCGACUUCCCGAUCAUCCGCGUCAACGACGGCAAGAAGGAGACGGUGCUGCAGUUCUGGGGCACGAAUGAGGUGUCGUACGGCAUGCAGAUGAAGGGCACCACCUUCGACAUCAACGUCCUGAGCGACCUCCAGUCUGUGCUGAGCAAGUUCGUGCCGAAGGUGGAGAGCUCCCUCAACGCGAAGCAGGUCCUCGCGCCCAUGCCGGGCGUGAUCGUCGCCAUCAAGGUGCAGCCCGGCCAGAAGGUGGUGGCCGGGGAGGAGAUCCUCACCCUGGAGGCGAUGAAGAUGCGCAACAAGAUCCACGCCCCGGCGGACGGCACGGUGAAGGAGGUGAAGGUCAAGGUCGGCGCCACCGUGGAGGACAGCGAGGUGAUGGUGGAGAUGGAGUAG